AUGCAGCAGUCUGGAAUUUCUACAAAAACUCAUCAGAAGGGGUAUGCCGCCCGCCACGCGGAAACAGCCGUCCACCGGACUUUUCAGAUCAAAACGUUUAGUACAGAGUUGAAAAACCAUGUGAUGGUCAUGGAUUUCGUGAAGAGGAACUGGUUUCCCUCCCAGAGAAGAGCCAAAGUUUGUAUCAUCCAUAUGUAUCAAGGCCUGAAGACAGCUGGGCAGACAGCCAGCAGAUACGAGAUCCACAGUCGGCUUUUCUCAUCCCCCAAAGAUCACUCUGCCUGGGAAAGAAACGAGAGUCUUUCAAAUGCAGGAUUACGGGACAACCAGUACAGUCCCCACGAUCAAAUUGCCCUUAAAAAUCUCCAGUCUGAUGUUCCAGAGAAGAAAUCUGACUUCACUGAGGGGACUCUGGCAUCUCAGAACACAAAAAUGAUUUCAUCUAUAGUCAUUUCACAGCUGAUUGAUGCGAAUAAAUCAAAAGAAAAUGGGGCCGAGUUGCCUGUGCCGUGCGCGUAUCCCAUGAAGCUGUCGCUGGCUAAUCGCAGCGGAGUCACUAUUAACAGGGCCUUCGAGUUCCUUCCCGGUGGACUAGGAAUUCAGACACCGGCGGGGGGGCGAGGCCCUGCGACAGAGCCGCCGCGCAAAGAGGAGAAGCCGUGCGGUGGCUCCCAGAAGGGAUUUGCUUCCAUCACCAUCACGGCCAGGCGCGUGGGGCCCCCUGCCAGCACCCUGGUGUGGGAGGCUGUCGGGAACCCGCUCUGCAUCAAGUGCAGGGCCCAGGAGGCUCUGCUCGGGGACCCCUCUGCUCUGGCUGGUGGUGCCGAUCCGGGUCGGCACCAUGGACCUUUCACCUGCACAGAAUUCUCCAGAAACAGCUCUGUGAUGGGGCUGAAGGUCCCUGAAGCCCACGCACGGCUGUGUGAGGGACACGAGUACUGGAUCACCCAUGUGGGCAGCAGGGAGGGCCAUUUUUCUCCAAGCACCCCACGGUCACAGGCGGGAAAGAGCCCGCUGGUGUUCAGCUCCUGUGUCCAUCUCAGAGUGUCUCAGCCGUGUCCAAAUUCCAUCUACUAUCUGGACAGGUCCCUGUCUGUCCCCAUUGAGCCACCUCGACUUGCUGGCCCUAAGAUGCACAGAUCCGUUCUGUCCCUCAACCUAAAUUGCAGUUCACACAGACUGACACCAGAUGGGGUAGAUGGCACAGCUAACGGAGCGCCAAUAAGCAGAGCCCUGAAGCUGGAGCUCACGGAGGGAAACCAGAACCUCCUAGGCCCUCGCUGGAACCUAGGUUUGCAAGAACGUUUCUUGAAGGAAAACCCAUCGUUGGGGCGGGUACAUCUGGGGACCGCGGGAACCGGCAUGUGUCCUUGGAGAGGCUCUCCUCCACUGGAAAAUACAGAUGCGGGGAGUAACCAGAUCACUGUGAGAAAAGGGAAGGAGGACCAUGCAGCUCAUUGUCGAACCGGUGGUCAUCGUCAUGCCAACCACCUGUCCAUUCACAUCCCGGGCUGGAGUUACACGGCAGUAGAACCAAAAGUAUUUUCUGGAAGCAGCGAGAAGCAACAAGAAAGAGCACAUGUGACUGUGUCUGCUCCCCCCGUGGAACAGAAGCUGGUUAAAGAUCCCCUUCCUGAUGGGUCUAGCUCUCCAAGCAACAGCUGUCAGUCUAGUGACCUCUCUGAACCCGCAGAGAGUCAACAGCAAAGCCUCCCGAAACUCAGCAUCCCUUUACCUGGGUCCCUUUGCCCCUUCCAAGAUUUAUGCACAUCUCUGCAGGAAGACCAUGGUGUGCAGAUAGAAAGAGAGUUCCUGGAAGGAGAUUACACGUGCUGUGACUUGGUUGUUAAAAUAAAGGAAUGCAAGAAGAGUGAGCAGCCCACCAUGCCCGAGCCCGAGCCAGCGCCCACUGAGCCAGAAACCCCCCGGGGACCAGAGACCCACGACCUGCAGGAAGACUGUUCCAAGAGCCAGCAAAUGCCCGCCAGCUCCUUGACCUUGCAGGAGGCCCUGGAAGUCCGCAAACCUCAGUUCAUUUCUCGCUCGCAAGAACGUCUGAAGAAGCUAGAACACAUGGUACAGCAGAGAAAAGCCCAGCGGAAGGAGAGCCUGGGCCAGAAGCAGAGUCUCCUUCCUGUCCGCGCCAAUAAGAAGCAGUUCACCGUUCCCCACCCUCUUAGCGAUAACUUGUUCAAACCGAAAGAAAGGUACAUUUCAGAGAAGGAGAUGCACAUGCGAUCUAAAAGAAUCUAUAAUAACUUGCCGGAAGUUAGAAAGAAAAAAGAAGAACAAAAGAAAAGGGUGAUCUUACAGAGUAACAGACUCCGGGCCGAAGUCUUCAAAAAGCAAUUACUGGACCAGCUCCUUCAAAGGAACGCAGUCUAACCACAGGCUGCCCUGCUGACCCUCUACCUGGACCUGGGAUGACUUCAAACGCUGGAUAAGCCAUUAAACUUAGCAUUAUCUUCAUGACGUGAAACACUUAUUUUACUUUUGAUUUUUUUUUUUUCCAUAAAGGAAAGCAUAGCUUCCUGAAUUGCUGACCCAAACCAAGCAGAAACAAUAACGCUUGAGGAACUGGACCAUCAGACUGCAGUGGGGUAAUCAACUCAACUGGCCCCACUCGAUACAGUCCCUUCAUUUUUUUUUACUUCUGAAUAUUAUCUUUUGCUUCUGGUUUUUCCCCCUACCAUUUCCACUCAGGCGGAAAGGUCUUCCAUGCUCAAGUGGGCUUAGAUCCCUGGGAGCUGGGGUUUUUUUUCAUCGAAUUUCUAGGACCUAAAAUACAUCACUUUCAAAAUACCAAUCUCAACUUCUGCCAGUUCUGCAAACUCCAAAUUUGGGGAUAUCACACAGUGUGUUUGAAACCUCUCUGGGUGUGUGUGCCACGUAAUACUGAAGGCAGACUUUGGAACUAGGCGGGCGCUCUGCCAGAGGCUGGGGACAUGUGACCUGUUUCUUGGUGACCUGGGGUGAUCAGAGCAGCCCUCACUACUCCCACCCUACUCCCAGGACCUGCCUUCGUUUAGCAAAAGAGCCUAUUUCCAUGGAAGUCAUGAGGGCAGAAUUGGCUGAAAAAAGUUGUAGGUAACUUCAGUGUUUUCUGUAAACCCUCCAGCCCCCCAGAAAUAGCUGUGUUGCUGAAAAUGGCCUGAUGGCUCCAACUCUAACGUUUGUUCCUCCAAACAAUUACAAUGUCCAUUAUUUAUA